AUGUCAACCAAACAAAUCCCCACCUCCCAAUACGACGACAUCACCGCCGCCGAGAGCAAAUACGUUGAUGGCCUCCAAACCGGCAGCUCCGAAACCGUCUCCGAAGCCUUCCACAAAGAUGCAAUCAUGUAUGGUCUCCUCAAUGGCAAUCUCCUCGGUGGCCCGAUCAAAAACCUCUACGAUUACAUCGACCAACACGGUUCUGCACCUCAUGUUAAGACGCGUUUGAAUGUGAUCGGCAUCACAGGUAGUACGGCUAUGGUCAAGGUGGAUAUGGAAAAGGAUGGGUCAGGCAGGGACUAUACAGAUUUCUUGACGUUGAUCAAGCUGGAUGGGAAGUGGGAGGUUAUAGCGAAGGUGUUUCAUGUUUAUGAGUGA